CUAGUCUGAAUGCAUUUGCGCAAAGCGCCGCGUGAGGCAGCAUGUAAACUUUCUCUGUUGAGUUUGCCAGCUGACUGUCGUGUUCGUCAAGUUUCAACGGAUAAUGCGUUGUCAGAUCUCGUAUUAAUGAACAAAGGUCGAUGAGAUUCCCCAGUACAUUGCAGUGGGUCUGAAGCUCGCUGGUUUACUCAUGGCAGCAGAAAUAAAACCAGUCGGUGGGUCUGGUGCUCACGUUGGAAACACGAAAAAGCCUCAGCUCGUCAACAAGUUGGAAGGCCAUAAUGACGCAGUUAACAUGGCCGUCAUAAUUUCGGGAGAAGAUGGAGUUAUUAGUAUUAGCGACGACAGAACUGUUAGGGUAUGGCUCAGGAGAGAUACAGGACAAUACUGGCCAAGCAUCUGUCACACUAUGCCUUCACCAGCGUCUUCAAUGGACUACAACUCAGAAACCCGUCGUUUGUUCAUAGGAAUGGAUAACGGAUCUAUAUCAGAAUUCCAGGUGGCAGAUGACUUUAACAAAAUGACACACCAAAGAAAUUACUUAGCACAUCAAGGACGAGUAGUAGGCAUAGUGUUCUCUAUCAUAGCAGAAUGGGUGCUAAGUGUAGGAAGAGACAAGUAUUUUCUGUGGCACUGCUCGGAGACUGGAAGGAAGCUCGGAGGAUACCAAGGCAGCGCCUGGUGUACUGCAGUUCAAUUUGAUUCACAGUCAAAGCAUGCUUUCAUCGGUGACUACUCUGGUCAAAUCACCAUGUUGAAAAUUGAUGAAUCUGGAUACAAGCCAGUAACUACACUGAAGGGACAUUCAGGAAGCAUCCGAUGCCUGACGUGGGACCCUGAGCGAAAGUUGUUGUUUUCUGGUGGAUUUGACCAGAUGGUUAUUGUGUGGGACAUUGGUGGGAAACAAGGAACAGCCUACGAGUUACAGGGACACCAUAACAAAGUUACUGCCUUGUGCUACAACGGGCCGUGUAAAACACUGAUAUCUGGUAGCGAGGACUGCACUAUGGUCUUCUGGGAUAUGACUACCAAAAGGGUAGAGACUCCUGAAUGGGGGGAAAGCGACACAUGCCAGAGGUGUUCUCGUCCUUUCUUCUGGAAUAUCAAAGCAAUGAUUGACCUGAAGACCAUUGGAAUACGACAGCAUCAUUGCAGAAAAUGUGGGAGAGCAGUGUGUGACAAAUGCAGCUCUAACAAAACCUGCAUUCCGAUCAUGGGCUACGAGUUUGAUGUCAGGGUCUGUGACGAGUGCCAUGUUGUCAUUACUGAUGACGACCGAGUGUCUAUGGCGACAUUCCACGAUUCGCGCCAUUCCAUUGUGCACAUGGACUUGGACGUCACACGGGGCCAGCUGCUAACAACGGGCUCCGAUAGAAUUAUCAAGAUAUGGGACAUCAGCCACAUGACGGAUCAGUACUGAUAAGAGCCGCACUUACUGCCAGACACCGCGGAUCCUUACAGUUUUUCCUUGCACACACACGAAACCUGUAUUCCAGUGUACCGCCAUGCAUUGUGUGCAUUGUUGCGAUCCAUCUACGUUUGACGUGUGGCAGUCUUUCAACACGUUUCCUAUAGAAGUGAACAGUAGUGGGUUCCACCACUGAUGUUGGAAUGUGGGCUUUGCAAACGCUGUUAAUUUUAACUCGAACUCAGCAGACAUUGUAACUCUGUAUUAUAUCUGUGCUUUGAACAGUACAUUUUCUCCUAAUAUAUUUUGUUGGUGUGACAGCAUACAUAUUUAUAAAUGAAUCCUAGGCCAUCAGAAAGUCAACGUUUUUAGUAACCUGUGAGAGAAGGGGAGCAAGGGAUAUGUAACACACAAAAAAAAAAAAGUAUGCUGGGAAUUUACUUUUCGCAUAAACAUGGCCUUGACAUGUUCAUAACACGUUUCGAGAUUUUGCACGGACGUACAGUUGAGCUCUGUUUGUAGAUAUACUAUUUUUAAGUACUACAUGUGCGAGUGUUUUGUUUCAAAAGACUAAUGUACUAACCUUCUGAAUCAAAGUAUCGUUGCUGUACAUGCUUUCUUGCUUUGUUCGUCUUGAGUGCAGGACAUUGUGGUCAGUGUCCUUUAUGGUGCGAACCUGCUGAAGCGAUGCACAAGUUUUUUUUUUUUUUCUUGUUGACAGUACUAAUGGGUUCACGCACAUAUAAAUACACAAUGUUUGAUACAUAAACUAUAUUUCAUAAGUGAAGCCUGUACCGUAGUAAUGUUGCUGGUGCUUAAAACAGGUUCAGAAGGUGACACUGUUUUGGGGGUUGAGGCUGCCGUCACAGCUCGGCACAUGACAAAUUCUUUCAGAAUUUGGCUCUUUGCAGAACUGUAAAUCAUGUUUCGUAAGUGAUAAAACAUGUUAAACCCAGCUUAGGAGCGGUAUGUAUUCCAAUAAAUGCCUUCCGUUUCA